GUCGAAUGCAUCAGCGAUGGGAAGUUCAAACUCGAAGAAAGUCGAUAUUACUCGUGAAAUUCUGGAGGAGUACGCUCAGCUCACGUACUUGAAUAAAGCCGAAAUACUUCAUAUUUUUAGGCUCUUCAAGUCCCUGGCCCCACGUGAACUCGCUGAAAACUUCCACCACCGAUUGCCAACUCAGGAUAUUCUCAAAGUCCUUCCACAGCUUCGAUACAAUCCAUUUCGCGAGUCGAUACUUCAAGUUUUCUCAUCCAAAAAGGAUGGAAGGAUGAGUUUCGAGGAUUUAUUGGAUUUGUGCUCAGGAAUGUCGGAUAAAUGCCCGGAGGAUGUUCGUGCUGCUUGGGCAUUUCAAAUACUCGAUUUCGAUGGGGACAAUCAGCUGUCAAUUGACGACUUGAUCGAACUGGUGGAGAGAAUAACCGGUUUGGACCACAAUGGCCAUAUCCGAAUUGAUCGGUCUAGCGCGGAAUUUGUGGCUCAAGUGGUAUUUUAUCAAUUUAUCAGUGACGAGAUUUACAGCCCAAGUUCAAACAAUUGGUACUCGAGGAAUUGGAUCUCGAUCGGACUGGAAGCGUCGGACUUCAGGAAUUUGUUCACAUGGUUGUUAGGAUGCCAGAAUUCGGACAAACCUUCAGACUCAAUGCUUGAGGAUUGUUCAGUAUACGUCGGCACUAUUCACCGCAUACGGUUGUAAAUUCAGUGAAAUUUCAGUUGCAAACCCUCACCGGGAAUAUAUAUAUACUAAUUAAAUUAUAUGAGGUAUAUAUCUGACACACUGGAUUUUUGGCAAAUAUAUGUGCGUGCUAUUAAUAUA